AUGGUCAAAGGAGGCGCAACCACGGACAGUCCGGCACUUGCCGUGCACGCACAUGUGAAAUAUGUCCAGAGUCUCGAUACCAAGAAGGACGAGCUUGACUAUUGGCUGACGGAGCAUUUGCGGCUCAAUGGCGUCUACUGGGGCCUUACUGCCCUUCACUUGCUUGGACGGCCGGACGCUCUCUCUCGGCAAGAAACAGUUGAUUUUGUUUUCUCAUGCCAACACGAGAAUGGCGGAUUCGGCGCCGCCCCGGGGCACGAUGCUCACAUGCUGUCCACAGGGAGGGGGGCGACAGACAUUGCAGACCUGCAGGAUCCUAAUACCGGCAGCUUCUAUGGCGACGAGUGGGGUGAGGAUGACACCCGAUUUCUCUACGGUGCACUGAACGCGCUGUCGCUUCUCGGUGCCCUAUCUCGCAUCAACCUAGACAAGGCAGUCUCACACGUCCAGAGCUGUGCGAAUUUUGAUGGCGGUUACGGCGCGAAACCCGGGGCGGAGUCGCAUUCGGGCCAAAUAUUGACCUGCCUGGCUGCUCUGAGCAUCGCCAACAGGCUGGACGUGGUAGAUGAGGAAAAGCUCGGAGGCUGGCUUAGCGAACGACAGACCCCCAGCGGCGGCUUCAACGGCCGCCCUGAAAAGAAGGAGGAUGUCUGUUACAGCUGGUGGGUCCUGGCCAGUCUGGCUAUACUCAAGCGGACACACUGGAUCGACCGUGACGCUCUCAUUGCCUUCAUCCUGAGCAGCCAGGAUUCCGAGAACGGUGGCCUCUCGGAUCGCCCUGGCGACAUGGUGGAUGUAUGGCACACGUGCUUCGGCCUUGCCGGCCUCAGUCUCAUGCAAUAUCCUGGGAUGGUGCCGGUCAACCCGGUCUACUGCAUGCCCGAAGCCAUUGUUGCAAAAUGCGUCGGGUCUAACAGAUGA